AGUUGGCUCGAAGGAUUUGACUUCCCAGCGGGUUCCUGAACAUGGCCUCCAAUGAAUUUUCUCUUCAGAUGGCUGUGCAACAGAUACAGUUGCAGCAGAAAGAAUCCAUGGAACGAAUGGACGUGUUGAAGGAGCAGCACAAACAGUGGCAAGCGGCAGUGGAGGAUUUACUAGCGCGGGUGAAUUCGAUAAGUUUGCCUCAAGUGAGCUUGAAGACUGAACGACCAGAACCUCCUUCAGGAGAUUUGCCCGAAGUUCGGGACAGCGAGUGGGAUGAAUUCGCCGCUGACAGUCCAAAGAUGAGUAUGGACACCCGGCGCAGCGAAGACACCUCCAGAGAACUCGCUCGAACCAGCAAUUCCAAAAACAAAAAGUUGGAAAUCAGCAAGGGGCCUUUGCAGAAACUUGUGCAUGAAGUUAUGCACGAUCACCAUGACCCAGCCCACUUGGUUGGCAUGGGCUGCUGCUUGGAGUCGCGCCGGGCCUUAUACAAGUUCGUGAACUCCAAAUGGUUCGAGUAUGUGACAGGUACGAUCAUCAUGGCGAACAUGAUUAUGAUCGGAGUGGAAACCGAAGCAUCUUUGUACGCUGACGAAGACCUCGAGUGGAGCGGCUGGGUCGAGCGUGCAUUCCUGGGCGUCUACACCCUGGAGCUGCUGCUUCGCUUCGUGGCCGGCGGCACGAAAAUCUUCUGGAAUGGCUGGUUUCUGUUGGAUUUAUUCUUAGUUUGCGUAGGCAUCUUGGCCCUGGUGGUGGCGCCCGUUUUCGGCGACGCGCUGGAUGGGGUCCAGAAAGUGCUGGUGGUGCGCGGCUUGAGGCUGUUGAGGUUGGCACGUGCCCUGCGGAUGGUGGGCCAUUUUAAGGUGAUUUGGCGCUUGGUCUACGGCGUUCUGACGGCUGGGCACACCAUCCUUUCGGUGGUUUGCUUGAGCCUUGGAGGAUCUUUUGCAGGCUGUGCCAUCGAGUUCAUCCGCAAUGACGCUCACCUGCUGCACCACCCGUUGACCCGACCGAUCGUCAUGGAAAACUUCGGCUCUCUGCCCCGGUCGAUCUUGACCCUGCUUCAAUUUGCGACGGCCGACUCGAUCGCGCAAGUCUACUUCCCGUUGAUCAUGGAGAGGCCUGGGCUGGUUCUGUUCUUCAUGCCAAUCUUGCUGAUCUUCUCCAUCGCCCUCAUGAAUUUGGUCACAGCCGUGUUAGUGGAGCAUGCCUUGGAACAUGCGGCCCAUGAGGCAGAGUCGGAGCGGCUGAAAACGAAGCAGAAGAUCAAGGCAGCGUUGCCGGCCUUGUUGGAUAUCUUCCAGAAGUUGGACACUGACGAGAGCGGCUGCAUCACGCGUGAGGAGAUUGAAAAUGUAUCCUUGGACAUGCUACCGCCGAAGCUCUUGGAAACGGUGUCGGUCGAUAGCAUGAGCGACCUCUUCGACUUGUUGGACGUGGAUGGCGGGGGGCAGCUAACUCAGUCUGAGUUCGUGGAAGGCCUUUUGAAUCUGGUGUUGUUGGAUGUGCCCAUUUGGACCUUGCAAUCUUUGAAGCUUCUACGGCUCAUCCGCAAUGUCACGACGCAGAUUGAUGAGGACUUGAAAAGCAUUAAGGCGGCCAGGUAGCGGCCCUUCGUUGGAGAACCCGCGGAGACAAUUUUUAAACUUUGCAUAGUCACAGGCAGAUUUCCUGUCAGCAGAUGUGAGCAAUGCUGAGAGAAACUCCGGGACUGGAAUUGUUUUGUAGAGCUCCCGAAGGGUUACUGCUCUACUUCCCAAAGCCGCCCGUCAGGGCCUUUGCCGCUGUUGUUUCACGGCUCAACGAGCUGUUUCACUGCACCAAUUUUCCGAGAAACCUGCUGAGUAGCAGGGAGUGCCUGGAAACUUGAGCUUGCGCUUCUCGUGGUUUUGCUCAGAAGUGGCUUUGCAGUUUCGAUCCUUUCUUCACAAAAUGCUCCUUGAUGUGGAAGGUGUGUUUGUCGGCCCAGUCCAUCUCCGCAGCAGUGACUCAUCCGA